ACAUUUUAUUCCAUUACAGAAGUACAUUGAAUUUUCAAUUGUAGAACUAUCUUCUAAUUAUCAUCUGCUCAUUUAUUAUCGUAGUUCUGAACGAUUCAAUUAGAAAUCGACUGAAAUCAAUUGUACCGGUUUUAAGAUAUUCUGAAACGAAGUAUCGUCAUUUCUGGUCAUUUCCAUUUUCGUACUGCAACGCACAUUCUGUCACAAUUGAUUAAAAAUGUAAUGAAUGUCAAAUAAAGAACGUUCCAGUGGAAUCUACAAUUCUAAUACGUGAAUUACGUGAACAGCGAGUUUUAAUAAGUGUAAUUUGUUCAAAAUGUCGAUGAUUUUCACGCCCACGAAUCAAAUAAGGCUAACCAACGUCGCCGUCGUUCGUAUGAAGAAGACGGGAAAACGAUUUGAGAUCGCUUGUUAUAAAAACAAAGUUAUUUCAUGGAGAAAUAAACUAGAGAAAGAUAUUGAUGAGGUCUUACAGACGCAUACAGUAUUUAUAAAUGUCUCAAAAGGCCAAGUGGCAAAGAAAGAAGACCUUAUAAAGGCAUUUGGUACAGAGAACCAUACAGAAAUAUGUAAAGAAAUUCUAACAAAGGGAGAACUCCAAGUUUCUGAUAAAGAGAGACAUUCAGCUUUAGAUUCGAUGUUCAAAGAUAUCGCGACAACAGUUGCUAACAAAUGUGUAAAUCCAGAAACUAAACGUCCAUAUCCAGUAACAAUGAUAGAAAAAGCUAUGAAAGAUACACAUUUUUCUGUAAAACCAAAUAGAAACGCAAAACAGCAAGCUUUAGAUGUAAUUCCACAAUUAAAGGCUGUAAUGCCACUCGAGCAAGCUCAAAUGAGAAUAAGAGUUGUAGUGUCAGGAAAGGAUGCAAGGAAGUUAAGAGAUAAAAUAAUAAAACUAGUCCCACAGUUAGAAACAGAAAAAUGGGACAGUGGAACGUUAAAUAUAAUUUGCUUAAUUGACCCUGGAAAUUAUCGGGAGAUAAAUGAAUUAGUCAACUCUGAAACUAAAGGUAGUGGAUUGUUGGAAGUAAUUAAUUUAAAAGAAGUUGUUGAGGGAGAUGAGGUUUUGGAAUAAAGAAUCUUACUUAA